UACAUACGUAGUCGUGGUUAGUUUAGUCGUUGUCGCGGCACUCACCGAUGCCGAUGUUAGCCUCCCGCAAAGCCGGUUUCACGAGUCUCAGAAACGUUCCAAAGUAAUAUACGGGAGUGAAGGAAUUCCUUGUUGUUCAGAGAUGACGGAAUUAUAUCAACUACUCAUUUCCGCGGGUGUCGUGCUCCUGGGUAUCUUCCUGUUCACGGGAAGUCGAUGGAGAUUUCUGUACAUUCUGUACAAAACGUUGCCCCGCGAUAUCCUUGGUGCCUUUAGAUUUUUUCAAGUGAACGCAUUGCUAUGGUGGUGGGAAAGAAAAGGAUACACCGUGGCUGCCGUAUUCAGCAGAUUGGCGGCUGCUCAUCCAGAAAAAAUUGCAUAUAUAUUCGAGGAGAAGGAAUGGACUUACAAGGAGGUUGAAGAAUUCACUAAUCAAGUCGGACGAUAUUUCAAGUCUAAGGGAUUAUCAAGGGGCGAUAGUGUCGCUCUUGUCAUGGAGGGCCGUCCUGAGUAUAUUGGAAUCUGGCUGGGCCUUAGCAAGGCAGGAUUUGUCGCUGCACUUGUGAAUAAUAAUUUACGUCACGACGUCCUGCUGCACAGUAUACACGCAGCGGAAUGUAAGGCUGUGAUAUAUGGGUCAGAAUUAAAGGAUGCUAUAGAGGAUAUAAGUGAUAAGAUACCAGAAUUGACCCUUUAUCAAUGGUCUGAAUUGUCCAAUACUCCAAUCCUGGAUCGAGCUAUCGAUCUGUCACCGGCUUUGGCAAACACGGAUCCUGAUCCUUUAUUAGAGGAUUUGGCAUUGGGACAUCCUAGGGAUAAACUUCUUUAUAUCUACACAUCCGGUACAACUGGCAUGCCUAAGGCUGCUGUUGUCAAUAGUCUUAGGUAUAUGCUGAUGUCUUGUGGAGUACAUGGAAUGCUGGGUCUACGUGAGACUGAUAGGAUAUAUGAUGCUUUGCCACUUUAUCACACGGCUGGUGGUGUUGUUGGUGCUGGACAAGCGUUGCUUCGUGGAAUCACUGUUGUUUUAAGAAGAAGAUUUAGCGCAUCGAAAUUUUGGCCGGAUUGCGUUUAUUAUGAAUGCACUGUUGCACAGUACAUUGGUGAAAUUUGUAGAUAUCUAUUGGCCGUGCCUCAAAGUCCUAACGACACUGCUCACAGAGUGCGUCUGAUGUUUGGAAAUGGUCUCAGACCUCAGAUUUGGGAACCAUUCGUUGAGAGAUUUCGAGUUAAGCAAAUUGGAGAAUUUUAUGGGGCUACUGAGGGCAAUUCAAAUCUUGUUAACAUCGAUAGUACGGUUGGUGCUGUGGGAUUUGUACCUAGAUAUGCCGGUCGUAUGUAUCCUGUUGCCUUAUUAAGAGUAAACGAAGAUACUUGUGAGCCAAUCAGAGGACCGGAUGGUUUAUGCAUAGCCUGUAAACCAGGCGAGCCUGGAGUGCUGAUUGGAAAAAUCAAUCCGAAAAUAGCCGUAAACGAUUUCAGCGGAUACGCAGAUAAGAAGGCUUCUGAAAAAAAAAUCAUUCAUGACGUAUUCAAAAAAGGCGAACGUGCCUUCAAUUCCGGUGACAUUCUCGUAAUGGAUGAGUUUGGGUACUUUUAUUUCAAAGACAGAACUGGCGAUACUUUCAGAUGGCGAGGUGAGAACGUAGCCACUUCAGAAGUGGAGGCUGUGAUAAGCAAUGCGAUAGGCUUGAAGGAUGCCGUCGUCUACGGGGUCGAGGUCCCAGGGAACGAGGGCAAGGCUGGUAUGGCAGCCAUUUACGAUCCGGAACACUCUCUCAACUUGAAGGAAUUAGGAGAAGGAGUGAAGAAAGCAUUACCAACAUACGCCAGGCCAUUAUUCCUUAGGAUAUUAGAAGAUCUGCCUAUGACAGGGACAUUCAAGCUGAAGAAAACAGAUUUACAAUCGGAAGGUUUCGAUAUAAAUAAGGUCAAGGAUCCUCUUUACUUCUUCGACAGAACGGGUACCUACGUAAGGGUUACGGAACAGCUAUGCAAGGACAUUCAGGAGCAAAAAAUUCGAAUAUAACGAGUAUUCUCUAGACUAUAAGGUCAAUUAAGAAAAGAAGGAAGUUGUCCUUUGAUCGAAUCAAAUUUUCAGAUUCCAUAAAAAGGAAGUUGACCCCUGCUAUCGCUAGGAAUUUCCUUUGGUGAUUCAAGCCUAUCUAGUUUCUCUAGUAAUUCUAAGUUUUCCAAACGCAUGCCCUGCAUUGUAACUAAGGCUUGGUUAGACCGUGUUGCGAAGUUUAUUGUUUAGUUGAAACAAAGUUUCGGGAAGUCUCUAAUUUCAUUAAAGCUUUUGCCUUGUGGCAUGUUAUGAGCGCCCUCGUCUCACGCCAUUGGUAACAAGCAAUUUUCCAACAAAGGAAUCUUUUUAUUCUUACAUUUACCUUUCUCUUUCUUUCUCUUCAUUUACGUUAGAUCUCCCUUUUACAAUUCUACGCAUUUAAUUGUAAUAUAUUAUAGUAAAUAAGUAGGUGUACUAUAAGGGCAUGUUUGACUGACGCUGUAAAAUGGAUAAGGUGAGGUUAUGUAAACAAGCUGUAAUUAAUCAGUAGAGUACAAUAGUAAAUAGUUAAUAAUUACGUAUACGAACCUCAAUCCCACUUUUAAUGAAUUUUCUAUAAAAUUUCCAAACGAGGAAUAAAUGACAGGUAUUAAGGUCUAUUAAUUUAUAACCGCUAUAUGCUUCCAGUUUUAUGAAAUUCUAUUAAUAGACUUUCCAAUAAAGCCCAAGGCCUCAAAAUCAAUGAUAA